GCUAAGUGUAUUGGUUAUAAGAAGAACCAGAACAGGUUUGUGAGCACAACAAAUUAUAAUGAGUUUGGAAACCAAACCUGCUCUUAAGCUCCCGGUCAUUGAUUUCACGAGCCGAGAUCUAAAGCCGGGAACUGUGGAAUGGGACUUGGUAAGCGGUGAUAUGCGGAGAGCUCUGGAGGAAUACGGAUGCUUCGAAGCCUUGUUUGAUAAAGUCACUGCCGAGCAUCGAAAGGCGGUGUUUGAGGCCUCGGAGGAUCUUUUCCGGCUGCCUUUAGAGACAAAACAGAGAACUGUGUCAGAGGUAAAAUACAAAGGAUAUGUCGGUCAGAAUCCUACAAAUCCUCUGUAUGAAGGAGUGGGUAUUGACGUUGCAGACCAUGAAGAGAACGUCAAAUCCUUUACUCAGAAGCUUUGGCCUCAAGGCAACAAGAAUUUCAGCGACACGGUUCUGUCAUUUACCAAGAAUGUAUCAGAACUGGACUUCAAGAUCCGGAGAAUGGUUAUGGAGAGCUUCAGGAUCGAUGAAAACUACAUAGACGAACAUCUCAAAUCGACAAAAUGCUUAAUGCGGAUGAUGAAAUACAGAGGAGUUGAUGAAACAGAGGAGGAGUUAGGCAUGGAGGCUCAUACAGAUAGAAAUGUUCUCACCAUAGUUUGCCAAAACGAUGUAGCAGACGGAGGAUUAGAGGUGAAAAUCAAAGACGGUAGCCACUGGAUCAAAGCCAACCCUUCUAAAGAUUCUUCAUUCCUUGUCAUUGGUGGAAGUAUUCUGCAUGUACUGUUAAACGGUCGGGUGCAAUUCGCGGUUCACCGUGUGGUGAGGAUGGGGACGGAAACAAGGUACUCAGCUGGACUUUUUUCUAUGCCAAACACAGAGGAUUUGAUAUGUGCACCGGAUGAGAUGGUUGAUGCCGAGUAUCCUCGCCUCUUUAACCCUUUUGAUUUUGAAGCAUACUAUAAGUUCACCUGCGAGGGAUCCGGAAGGAGAGAUCUAUCUGGUCUCAAGACUUACUGUAGCCUCUUCAAAUAAGAAACUUCUUUCUGUUUUUUUAUUACUCUUGUAUUUGUUGUAUCCCAGUAGAAUAAUAGAUGGAAACUUCAAUGUUUCUUAGCUUAGCUUGAGAACAUUCUCUACAUCAAAUCUAAGACCUGCAAUAUUCAGUGUAAAACGAAGAUUUAAGCAAAGAAAAAUCAUAAUCAUGCCAUACGAGAGAAAGAGAUCACAAAGUGUAGCCAUAUAUAUCACAAGAUUCUUUCA